UAUACUUGUGAUACAUUUGAAUUACGUGACUAUUUAAUUGACCAAUCAAAUAUCUCGAGUUUCGCGGUUUUUCUUCUUCUCUAUAUUAACAUCCGCAGAAGGUGAACUUCCGUCCGAUCGACUAAACAAAUUCAAACCGACAGAGUCGUUACUGCGAGGUAAACGUUGUUUGGAAAACCGUGGAAGUAGCUUAAUUGAAAGACGAAUUUUUGGUGUUGCGUGAGAUUCUUCUUUGACUAGAAUAGCAAUGGCUUUAAGAAAUCGGACUGCACUUACGAAUAUUGUAAAUCAAGAAAAUGUUAAGAACCUUAAGUCCUCAGUGACUACAAUACCUGGAAAGACUAAAAGAGCUGCUUUGGGUGAAAUAGGUAACAAAGUGAAUACCUUAAGAGGUGUGGAGCCCAUUGAUAGAACUAGCUUGCUGACAAAAGAUAGUAAAAAAAUCACAGUUUCAAAACAAAUUAUUAAAACAUCAGAAAAAGGAAUUGAAAAACUACCUAUUCAAAUAGUUAAACCUGUAAAAAAGAUUACAGUUUCUUAUGAAAAUAAUGUGGUGUCACUACCUCCUAAGGAAGUUCAGUCAUUCUCCUCAGAUCUGUUAGCAGUUGAGGAUAUUGAUGAAGAAGAUAAAGGAAAUCCUAGUCUAGUUUCUAUUUAUAGUAAUGACAUUUAUGGAUAUUUAAGAACCUUAGAAAAUAUGUUUCCUAUCUCAAAAGGAUAUUUAGAUGGACAAGAAGUUACACCAAAAAUGAGAAGUGUACUUAUAGAUUGGUUAGUAGAAGUACAUCAACAAUUCCAUCUAAUGCAAGAGACAUUAUAUCUGACUGUUGCUACUAUUGAUAGAUUUUUACAGGCUUUUCGUUCAAUAGAUAGAAAAAGAUUACAAUUAGUUGGUGUGACAGCUAUGUUUAUAGCUAGCAAGUACGAAGAGAUGUAUUCUCCAGAUGUAAAUGACUUUGUAUAUAUCACAGAUAAUGCAUAUUCAAGGAUAGAAAUAUUACAAAUGGAAAUGCUUAUUGUGAAAACAUUAGAUUAUUCUUUUGGUAGACCAUUACCUUUACAUUUUUUGAGAAGAUACAGCAAAGCUGGAAAGGCUCUUCCAAUACAUCAUACAAUGGCCAAAUAUUUUCUAGAACAAAGUUUAGUGCAUUAUGAAAUGUGUCAUUAUCCACCAAGUCUUAUUGCAGCUGCAGCAAUAUAUUUAGCUUUCCUAAUUAUUGAUAAUAAUGACGAGGACGAGCAUAAAAUUGUUUGGACCAAUACCUUGGCACAUUACAGCACUUAUUCUAAGGACGACGUGUUUCCCGUGGUACGGGAAACAGCGAGUAUUAUAGUUAAUGCGGAUAAGAUCAAAUAUCAAGCUGUAAGAAAGAAGUACGCCCAAUCGAAAUGCAUGAAGAUUAGCACACGACCAGAACUUAAAUCAGCAACGAUAUUUGCUAUAUCCACUACGGAUAAUAAAGCAAUAUAAUAUUCAAUUUAUAAAAUAAUUACAGUGAAACAUUGGUUUGUUCAAUAUUUCAUUGGACAAAAUAAAUUAUAUACAUAUAGGAUAAUACAUCUUUAAAAGGAGAAAUACAUGAAAUGAGUAGACGAAAUAAAAAGAAAAAGAGACGAGACUAUCUUCAUUCGUCGUUUUUCUUAUAUAUAUAUAUAUAUUAUUAUUUUCAUUUUAUAAAUAUCAUAUAAUUAAAUCUUUAUUUCGUUGGCUAUCUUAAUUAACAUUAAAAUUAUUUCUAAGUAAUGACUUUCACUCCAAAAUCUAUUGGAGAAAUUAAAAAAAAAACAUACCAUUAUUAAUAAUGUAUGUAAAAAUAUUACUACAAAAAAAACAAUAGAAUAAUUAAUUUUUUAUCUAGAAAAAUGUACGUAAUAAAAAAUAUGUAAUUACAGGAAAAAAUAUUUAAAUUGCAAAAAAGUUUUUCGAUAAUCUAUGAAAUUCGAAAUUGUGAACGAUAGUCUCGUUUAAAAUCAAGAUAUUUGCCUCAAGCAUAUAAGUUCUAUUAAAAAUGGGACAGUUUAAUUCUGAAUAUUACAGGAUUGUAUGAAAAUCGUAAAAAAGAAAGGAAAACUUUAAUAAGUAAUUUCGUAUAAUUAACUCGAAUAUUCUUUAUUGACGAGUAUGAUAUAUUGCAUUGUUUUAAAUUAUAUCUGAUUUAUUAAAAGCAAAUAUUUAAUGCAGAAAUUACUUAUUAAAGAUUUUUUUAUCUUUUUACGUAAUUAGUAACUUAGAGUAAUUAUAUAGAAAGUUUUUUUAGUAUAGAAAUGAAAAAGAUGGAAGCAUGAGAGUAUAGUCAAUUGAUAUGGAUGAAUAUAUAUAUAUAUAUCUUUUGGAUUAUUAUAGAGGAAAACUAUCGAACAACGUUUGCCGAAAGAUCUCUGUUUAAAUUCAGUAAAAUUUCGGCAAAAUGAUAAAAUAUAUAAAAUAUUAAAGUCUAAAGAAUUUAUUAUUAUUAUGAUUUCUGGUCAUAUUUAUUAUAUUCAUUUUAGUACUAUAUUUUAAUACUAUAUUUGAUUAUAAAAUUUAACCACAGAGAUUAUAAAGCUUAAUUAAAUAUAAGAAAUAAAAUAAGAAUAAUAAUAAUUAUUUUACAUUACAUCUAAUAUAUAAUAUAUUAUGCUUCAAUCAUUUAAUAAAAGAAUAUCAUUAAAUACUUUAUAAAUUAAAAAUUUUAUUACAAAAUAAUCUAUAAUGAACUAAUUUUUAAACAUUUUUCAAGAUAUUCAUUGAGCAUUUUGCCGAAUUUUUAUCUAAUUUGAAACAAGAUUUUUAGGUAUUUAAAUUGUAAAUCAUAUCUUUUAUACCUGGAAUAUUGAUGAAAUUUUAACUUUUAUUCAUAAUUAUAAAAACAUUUUUAUUUUGAUAUUAAUUCUAUAGAUAAUUUUAAAUGUUAAUGUAUAAAAAUACCCGAGUAUUCCAGACAAUAUUAAUAAUCUAUACUUUGAUAUCAAUAUUUUCACAAAUAUUAUAUCGAUGAACGUGGCUGUUCAUAUUUGGCGUUUUGCCAAACUAUUUGAGCGUUUAGAACGUAAAUAUUGUAUAAAAUUUAUGUAAAGAAAAUUUCAGUAGAAAAUAAACUGUAAUAAUGUU